CGUUGCUGUGAAGCCAAUUCGCAUGUGCAGUUCAACGGCGGUAUCGUAAACCACUGCAGAGCAGCAAUAUGGCGGGUGACUGUAAGAAGUUUUCCCGUUGCUCGUUGGAUUCGAACGGUUGUUUACGUUUAUCGACGAUUUUACAAUCUUUUAGUGCUGCUCUAAGUGAGGAACAAGCUUGGGCUGUGUGUUUUCAGGCAGCUAAAUGUAUGGUGAAUGAAUGGAAUUCGGACAGUAGUUCGUGUUAUUGCCUAAGCGAUACUUCACAUUUAUUGAUACAUAAAGAUGGAUAUGUGCAUCGGUCCUCUGUCAAGCUAUCUAGUUCAGAAGCUGGAAAAAGGCAGUUGGCGACGUCCGAGUACCAGCUGGUGGCCACUCUAGGUAUGAUCAUCUUCAGUGCCCUCGACUACCUGAAUCCGCGGGACGAAGAGCGGAACCUGAGCCGUCCUCUCGAAUCCCUCAUCGAGAAGAUGACCUCCACCUCCCUGCAAGAUGACGAAGAUGAGGCGGAUUCCUCGUCACAGAAUGCGGACGAGGGCAUCGAGCAGGACUCGGGGGAGGACGACCACAUUUUACACUCCUUGGACGACGCGGAUGCCAAGCACAGGAGGGGCAUCUCUCUCAUUCAGGUUAUAGAGCUAUGUGCGAAUCACUUGCCAUGCCCUGAAGACGCCGACUGUCACUACAAAGCCGUAUGCCGCGCACUGGUAGCUGAAAUUUUAGAGCUCACGACGUUUUUAGAAAACAUAUCCAAUAGGACAAAGAUUCUUACACGUGCGGAAGAAGAUGAAAUGGAUAGCAGGACGUUAGAGAAACUUAGAAUACAAGAUUGGGCACGGUUAUGGAUGCAGGUAAUCCAUCAGCUCCGCCAGGGAGUAAAACUGAAAAAAGUGGAAUCAGCACAAUCACAUUCUAUUGAAUAUGCUCUAACUCCAUACGAAAUGCUUCUGGAUGACAUUCGAUCCAGGCGGUACAAGCUUAGGCAAGUUAUGGUAAAUGGGGAUAUCCCACCUAGAGUGAAAAAGGAUGCACAUGCUCUGAUUUUGGAGUUUAUACGUUCUAGACCCCCUCUAGUUCCAGUAUCAAAAAGAAAAUUACCUCCCACUCCUCCUAGGCAGCUGUCUUUAUACGAAAAAUUAAUGGCUUCCAUCAAGCAACAACACAAAUUAAAGCCAACAGUUCCGUCAAAUGGCGACUGCACCAAUAAAAGAAAAAUUGAGACUUCUCGAACAAAGUUAGAAGAAACAGAUGAAACUCCACAACCUCAGAGAAGACUUAUUAAAGCAGAUAUAAACCUGGGUCUAUCAUCUAGUUUUGAGGAUUUAGAUGACAUUCCUCAGACACCACCAGAAGAACAUUUAUCACUUCCUAUGCAGAAUGAAAAUAGAAAAUCUUGUAUAGUUCGUAGUAAUAGUCAAAUAGAAGCUAUGUCUAGAGCCGAAAGGAGGCAUAGUAUUAGUGUUUGUGAGUCACCCCCAAGAUCCGGAGAUCAAACUCCACAAGAAGGCAUUGAUCCACACUUCUCAGGUUUCUAUGAACAGUCUAGUCAGGCAGCAAGGUCUGAUUAUUGGAAAUCUUCUCAAUGGCAGUCUCUUGAAUGCCUCUCUUUGACUCUUGAAGAAGUGGUUCAUAUUCGAAAUGUUCUUACUAAAGCUGAGCUGGAAAGUCUAAUAGUUGAUCCAGUAUUAUAUGAAGAUAUUCGGAAAGGAAAGGUGUGUUUUACUUGCAAACAAAUUAGAUUUUCUUUCUUUGGACCAUGGGGUGUUAAAUGCAAAAUGUGUGAAAGAACAGUGUGUGAUAAAUGCAGUAGCAAGAUGCGCAUUCCCACUGAACAUUUUGCGAGGAUACCAGUCUAUAUGUUGAGCCCUACACCCAGUCCUCCUCCUGAAGAAGAAUCUAGUCACUCCUUUUGGAAGUUUUCUGAUGUGUUCGGAAAGUCAGAAGUAAAAGAAAAUAUCGAAACCACUCCCAAGCUGUCAAGGCAAAAGACUACAGUCGAGAAUGGUUAUCCAAAGAGAAAAUUGCAAUUUAGGCAUUCUGAAUCUGUGCAGGCGAUUGCCACCAAAAAAGGCAGGAAUUCCCUACCUCCAACAUCAUCAUCCAAACAAAAACGACCCCCUCUACAACGAUCCAAGACUCUAGUCGCUCCAGAAGCUGUUACUUCAAAAAGUAGUUCAUCUAUUGAUGACAAAAUGAAAGGACCUUUGGUAGCUGUGUGCCGUGAAUGCAAAGUCAUGGUAUGCAACAUCAUAAUGGCCAGUCAGGACAAGGUGAGCUAUGAUCAAAAGAGGCGUAAGAAUUCCAAAACCUGGCCUCAGAAAAGAGGGUCCACCAAUACCUCCAUGUAUAUGGAUACAGUUACAGAAACACCACCUUCAUCGCCUGAUGAUAUUUUUGCUUCAGAUUCUAGAAAAAAAUUAACUCCAUGAAACAAUUAUUUAUGAAUGUGUCAUGUUAUUGAACUUAUACAUGAUAUAUAAUAUAGGACGCUUCUGGAGUUUCGCCUAUCAAUUCUGAAUAUAGGUUGCUGCAUUUAUUAAACAGACUGCAUUUUUUUAUUAAAUUAUUUAUAGCCUUAGCUUGUUGAACCUUGUACAAAAUUGAAUCAUAUGUCUGAUAUAAUAUGAUAUAAAAACAGUAUCGGUGAAUUAUUAAAAACUCCUCUGCAAUCCUUUUUUAUAAUUGUGUAUAGCUGGUGUAGAAGGAUUCUUGAAGUUUAGGUACGUUGAUAUGCAAAACUCUGCGAUGAAUAUUACUGUGUGAUACAAGACUUAUGCAUUUGCAUGAGUUGUAACAAAAUUGUUUGUGCAGUGCACAAUCUAUGCUGCAAAUUAUGCACAAAAACUUUUUGUGUAUAGCAUUUUCCUAGAAAUUCAAUAUUAUCUUUGUUAAAUAUAAUUUUUUAAAAAUAACUUGAUUCCAGCUGACAGUAUUUCUUUUUUCUUUUUAUCAUUGAAAGUUGUUUUUUUUUUUCCUACAAAUAUAUCUUCUUUUGAUUUUGUGUAAAUAAAAUAAUGAUAAUUUUGAGUAUAAUUAUGAAUAUUCAUUCAUUUGUUAAUACUCAGUCGCAGCUGUGAUGUAAAUCGAUUUUGAUAAAUCAAGAUAUUUUCUGUUAUUUUAAUAUAACUGAUUGUUAGUAUUAAAAAUGAAAGUAUUUGUUGUUUUUUUUAUUAAUGCUUAAGUACUUGGAGUUAUUUUUUAAAUUAUUAGAUUGCCCAGUUAUAUUAUAGAAUUACUGUUAAAUCUUUUGAAUAUAUGUACAUUUACGAAAGAAUUGUGAUAUAAUCAUGCAUUUUAUGAUGAUGCUGUACGUAUAAUUUGUACAUAGCAAUUUUAUGCCCUAAAACAUUUAUUUAUAGUACAUAUUAAUAAAUAAUACACUCUUAUUAUUGAUGAAAUAAUAUUCCGUUCUGGAUAUUCAAUGAGGUUCUAGCAUUUUCAAUUUAAAUUUAAAAUUAAUUAUUUUUGGAUUACUGCUUGACGAAUGCUUUCCUUCAUUCAAAUUGGCACUUUAUUUAAAACUUAUUAUUUUAAUCCGAUUUUGUUUUGGGAAUUAAAUUUCAUUUUGAAGGACUUAUAAUCUGAUAAUUCAGAACUAACAAGGUUUUUAAAAAAAUUUAAGUCUGAUUUAUUAUUUUGGAAUUUCAAAAAUACUUGUUGAAGUAUUGCAGAAGAUAGAAUUUUUGAACAAAAAUCAUUUGUUUAUUUCAAUCGUACUUUUUUUUCAAGAAUUCAAAUAAUAAUUCAUUAUCAUGAUUAAUUUUUUUCAUCCUUGUUUAUUAAUUGUUUUUAUUAUCUUUUCUCCAUAAUACGUUUUCCUCUUAAAAUUGAAAAUUUUAACUGGGAUUUUUUUGUUUUAAAAAUCUUUAAGGAAAACAGAUUUUUUUUUUUUUUUUUUUGUUAUCAAAAUAACAGUUUGUAACCUGUAGUUCAGUUUUGGGUGUUUCUUCAAAAGGGAAAGGUUUGUCUGAAGUCAAAAGUGAUUGGUUUAGAUCUAUAAGCUCUUUCAAAUUCAGCUUUCUGUAUAUAUAUUUUUUUUUUGUGCUACUAGUACCUUAAUUGCGAUGACUUGUAUAUAUCUGUAUAGUAUAAGGUACUGCAUAUAAAGCUACUUAAAAUGUACAGUUAAUAUAUUGUAUACUGUUGUUUUAUGUAUGUAAUAAAAACAAAUUAUCAUUUGUCUCCUUUUAAA